AGAAAAGGCGAACAGCUGCCGAACUCACCGCAAUCACCAACACCAAAUCGUUUGGGUAAGGGCGGGACCAUGUAACCUAAUUUCGUUUGCACAGGCUGCAGGGUAUGAAAACGACGUGCUCUAGUCCGUACAUGCUCAUUUGGGCUCUUGUCAGCUGCGAGCUCUUGUAUCUGACUUCUACGAUGGGGCUCGAUUUCUUCAACAACAUACUAAGACAACGAUUUGCCAAUUAUGGUCUCUACGUUGCGAGAUAUCCACGUACGAUGGUGGCUAUUCCUCUGACAGUCGGUCUGCUGCUUGGUUUGGGACUGUUGCGUCUGACGUUUGAGACUAAUAUGGAGCAUUUGUUUACGCCAUCUGACAGCCAAGCGAAGAAAGACAGAAGUGUGGCAGCAAGUCAUUUUCCAAUGAACGCAGCAAAUAACUUUUCAGCGACGAGACAAAUUCAACCUGUGACUUACGGACAAGUCAUUUUUACAGCUAAAUCGGAAGGAGGUAUGAUGACUCUAGCAGUGUUGGAAGAGAUUUUACGAUUCGAUGACUUCAUGAAGAAUGAGACAGAGUAUGUUGGUCUUCCGUUCCCUACAGUCUGUGCAAAAUCGUCUGCAAAUGCAAGCUGUUAUGAAGACGCGUUUUUGUCCUAUCUACGCUUGCAUGGUGCAAAAAAGGUAGCCAAACAAAGUUUCACGUUCCCGCUGACUCAUGUCGGACAUGCCAGAGUCUUCCUAGGCUACAGCCUGGGAGGUACAAGCAUCUGCGGUCACCAUAAAUUGGCUAAUUUUACAGCUGUGAAAGUGCACUAUUUCCUUCGGUUAGAGGAAGGCGACAAGUUGGGGCGCAAAUGGGAGGAGGCGUUUCUUCACGCUGUCUUUACGUUCAAUUCAGAUUUGCUGCACUUGGCUCCUUAUACAUCACAUUCACUGGAGGAAGAAUUUCACAAAAACGGUCACGCCAUUGUGCCCAUGUUUGUCAUUGCGUUUACCAUCAUGAUUAUAUUCGCUGUCGGUACUACUGCAUUGACUGACUGGGUCAGAACGAAACCUCUUGUUGCUCUCCUUGGUGUUUGCUCUACUUUCCUAGCCAUCCUCUCAAGUAUAGGACUGCUUUCAGCAAUUGGGGUGAAAUACUCAAUAGUUGUGGGAACAAUGCCAGUACUUCUCCUUGGCAUUGGAAUCGAUGAUAUGUUUAUUAUGGUGGCUGCAUGGAGAAAUACUAAUCCCGAGCAUACUGUGGAACAAAGAAUGUCUGAUACUAUGUGUCAUGCAGCUGUUUCGGUUACCAUCACAUCUGUAACUGACUUCCUAGCCUUUCUCAUUGGCAUGAUCACAGUCUUUCCAUCUGUUUUUGGCUUCUGUCUCUUCACUGCUGUGGCUGUCUUAUUCGAUUACAUCUAUCAAAUUACUUUCUUUGCUGGUUGUUUGGCUUUGGAUGGAUACAGAGAGGAUGCCAAUCAUCAUGCCAUUACAUUCAGAACAGUGCUUCCCACAUCAUAUGCAUCUAAGAAGAGCCAAUCAUAUCGAUUAUGGUGCAGUGGAGGCCUCAAAGUAGAAGGAAAAGUGGUGGAGUCACUCAAGGGACACACACAUCCUGCUAAUAACUUUUUUCAAUCGUAUGGGCGCUUCAUAACUAAGCCUGCAAUGAAAAGUGUGGUAGUGCUUCUGUUUGUUGGUUACUUGGGAGUGUCUAUCUAUGGCUGUACGAAUGUCAAAGAAGGGCUAGAAAUGACUGAUUUAGUAGCAGAAGAUUCGUAUGCUCACAAGUUCCUGCACCAGACUGACAAAUACUUUACAACGUAUGGUCCUAGAGUAAUGUUUGUUAUUUCUGAGCCACUCAAUUAUUGGGAUCCAUUAAUACAAGAGCAGCUGAAGGUACUAGUCAAUAGGAUUGAAGCCACAUCAUACGUUGGACAGAAUAACUUGACGGAGUUCUGGUUGUUUGGUUUUAUGAAGUACUCACAUGCAACAGGUCAUAACAUUGCCACCCAGAAAGAAUUUUUGAGGCAUCUUCAAAGAUUUUUGUCCAAGGAAAAGUUUCAUGAUUUCAAGUUAGACAUAAAGUUUAGCAGCGAUGGAAACAGCAUUGAAGCAUCGAGAUUCUACAUUCAAACCAUCAACAUUUCAACAAGUGGUACAAAAAUGAGCUUGCUUAGGGAAUUCAGAGACAUUUCAGGUGAUUUUCCUGUCAAGACUUUCCCUUACAAUCCAAUGUUUCCAUUCUAUGACCAGUACAUGGCUGUGAAACCAAACACACUUCAGAAUAUUGGAAUUGCUUUGGUAGCCAUGUGUAUUGUGGCAGUUAUCAUGAUCCCUCAUCCAUUUUGUUCGGUUCUAAUCGUCUUGUGCAUAGUAUCUAUAGACGUUGGAGUCAUCGGUAUAAUGACAUACUGGCAUGUUAAUCUUGAUGCAGUAUCUAUGCUCAGCAUCAUUCUCUGCAUUGGAUUCUCAGUAGACUUUUCUGCUCACAUAACGUAUGCAUACAUGACAGCCAAAGAGAAAAAGAUCGAUGGGAAAACAAGAAGGGAUGAGAAAACCAUUGCUGCAUUGUCUGAACUCGGCUGGCCAAAUGUCCAAAGUGCAAUGUCUACCAUUAUAGGCAUUGUUCCCCUAGCAUUUGCCAACUCGUACGUAUUCCAAACAUUCUUUAAAACACUCUUCCUUGUCAUGGGACUUGGUUUCAUCCACGGUAUUGUUGUGCUGCCUGUUAUAUUCUCUCUCAUUGGACCAGGGGCAGGCAAGAAAGACAAUGAAGACAAAACGGGUUCCAAAGAGUCUUUAAAAGACGUCAAGUGGACAACUACAGAUGGUCCAGCUUGCUCCUCUAACGAUGAGAUGCAAGAGAACCCUAUUCUCACCAAUGUGAAGAGCAAAGUUGACGUACCCAGCGAGACGAAAGUUGAUGUACCCAACAAAAUGACAGUUGAUGUACUUGGUACAACAUCCUUGCCAACUACAAGUCGUGUCUCCGCCACUGACGUUCUCAAUACAACUGAUGCACAGUUGUACUUCGUUCCCGAAUCUUCUGUUUGAAACAUUGCUAUCGAC